AAAAUUAAUAAAUAUAUUAUACAUAAAGAAAGACGAGAUAGUAAAUCAUGUAUGUGAUACAACAACCUAGAUAUAGUAAUUGGAUACUUUCAAGUAAUCCAUCAUUAUCCUCUCUUGUCUACUUUAUUUCCUUCUCGUUCUCGUUAUAGUACAUGUUAAUGUAGUAAACUCUCGUCUCGUGGCUUUAAUUAGAAAGGAAAAAAUUCUCAAAAAAAAAAAAAAAAAAACCAAUGGAAAGAAAAAGAAACUCAAAUGAAAAAACGUUUAAGCCCCAAAGGCACAGGGCCCCACAUUGAGAACUCCAAAGAGUCCACACCUAGUUCACGUGGACUUCCCCGCAUGAUAUCCCUCCUUCCUCCCUUCAAUUUUACUCUGAGAUUUCAUGCUAUAAAGUUGCUUCAUUCAUACUUCCUCAAUUUCGCGGCUCUCUGUUUUCACCACUCUCUCUCUCUCUCUCUCUCCCCUUUAUUCUCGGUUGGCGGCGAGGAUGGCGUUGCUGUCAGAACAGGGUGCGGAAAUCGUCAUCCCGGUGUGCGCCGUCGUCGGCAUCCUGUUCUCGCUCUUCCAGUGGUUCCUUGUCUCCAAAGUGAAGCUCUCGCCGGAGCGAGGCGGCGGAGCGCCGGCUGCCAGCAACGGUAAGAACGGGUACGCCGAGUACUUGAUUGAGGAGGAGGAAGGCGUCAACGACCAAGACGUCGUCGCCAAGUGCGCCGAGAUCCAGAACGCUAUCUCCGAGGGUGCAACGUCUUUCCUCUUUACCGAGUACCGGUAUGUGGGCAUUUUCAUGGUUGCUUUUGCAAUCCUCAUUUUCCUCUUCUUGGGCUCUGUUGAGGGUUUCAGCACUGAGAGCCAGGCUUGCACUUAUGACAAGGAGAAGCUGUGCAAGCCCGCCCUUGCAACUGCCCUGUUCAGCACUAUAUCCUUCUUGCUCGGUGCUAUCACUUCUAUCCUUUCUGGUUUCCUCGGGAUGAAAAUCGCAACCUAUGCUAAUGCAAGGACUACACUGGAAGCAAGAAAGGGUGUCGGGAAAGCUUUUAUUGUUGCAUUUAGAUCUGGUGCUGUCAUGGGUUUUCUCCUUGCUGCAAAUGGCCUAUUGGUUCUUUAUAUUGUCAUCAAUCUAUUUAAGCUCUACUAUGGGGAUGAUUGGGAAGGUCUCUUUGAGGCAAUUACUGGAUAUGGUCUUGGUGGAUCAUCCAUGGCACUGUUUGGGAGAGUUGGAGGUGGAAUUUACACCAAAGCUGCUGAUGUAGGUGCUGAUCUUGUUGGAAAGGUUGAAAGAAACAUCCCUGAAGAUGACCCCAGAAAUCCGGCUGUCAUUGCUGACAAUGUUGGUGAUAAUGUCGGAGAUAUUGCUGGAAUGGGAUCUGAUCUUUUUGGUUCAUACGCCGAAUCCUCUUGUGCUGCUCUUGUUGUGGCCUCCAUAUCCUCGUUCGGCAUGACUCAUGACUUCACUGCCAUGACUUAUCCUUUGCUCAUUAGUUCCAUGGGAAUCGUAGUUUGCUUAAUCACCACUCUUUUCGCCACCGACUUUUUCGAGAUCAAGGCUGUGAAUGAAAUCGAACCAGCAUUAAAGAAGCAGCUCAUUAUCUCCACUAUACUCAUGACAGUGGGUAUUGCAAUUGUCACAUGGACGUGCUUGCCAACCUCGUUUACAAUCUUCAAUUUUGGUGUUCAAAAGGAUGUGAAGAAUUGGCAACUCUUCCUCUGUGUAUGCGUCGGGUUAUGGGCUGGACUUAUCAUUGGAUUUGUCACUGAAUACUACACCAGCAAUGCUUACAGCCCUGUACAAGAUGUUGCUGAUUCCUGCAGAACGGGUGCUGCCACGAAUGUUAUAUUUGGCCUUGCCUUGGGAUAUAAAUCUGUUAUCAUUCCCAUUUUCGCAAUUGCAAUUAGCAUCUUCGUCAGUUUCACAUUUGCUGCUAUGUAUGGUAUUGCUGUGGCUGCUCUUGGGAUGCUGAGCACCAUAGCCACUGGGUUGGCUAUUGACGCGUAUGGCCCUAUCAGUGAUAAUGCUGGAGGUAUAGCUGAGAUGGCUGGGAUGAGUCACAAAAUCCGUGAAAGAACCGAUGCCCUUGAUGCUGCUGGGAAUACCACUGCUGCAAUCGGCAAGGGUUUCGCCAUUGGAUCUGCAGCUCUGGUCUCGUUGGCUCUUUUCGGCGCCUUUGUGAGUCGUGCAGAGAUCUCAAGCGUGGACGUGUUGACCCCCAAGGUCUUCAUUGGUUUACUUGUUGGCGCCAUGCUCCCAUACUGGUUCUCUGCCAUGACCAUGAAGAGCGUGGGCAGUGCGGCCUUGAAGAUGGUGGAGGAAGUCCGCAGGCAGUUCAACACCAUCCCUGGACUCAUGGAGGGCCUUGCCAAGCCUGAUUACGCCACGUGUGUUAAGAUCUCCACGGAUGCAUCCAUCAAGGAGAUGAUCCCCCCCGGUGCCCUCGUCAUGCUUACCCCUCUCAUCGUCGGAACCCUUUUCGGUGUCGAGACCCUCUCUGGCGUCCUUGCUGGCUCCCUCGUCUCUGGCGUGCAGGUUGCCAUCUCUGCAUCCAACACUGGUGGCGCGUGGGACAACGCUAAGAAAUAUAUCGAGGCGGGUGGUUCGGAGCAUGCGAGAAGCCUGGGGCCGAAGGGGUCGGAGCCGCACAAGGCUGCGGUGAUUGGUGAUACCAUAGGAGAUCCUCUCAAGGAUACUUCAGGGCCUUCGCUGAACAUCCUUAUAAAGCUGAUGGCGGUGGAGUCGCUGGUGUUUGCUCCCUUCUUCGCCACUCAUGGCGGUCUGCUAUUUAAGAUGUUCUGAGGUUGCAGCUUCAUCACUCUAUUUCUGUCCUCAAAUGCUUCUCGUUAGUCGUUAGUUAUGUCAUAGCUUCACUUUGUCAACAGAUUCAUAAUUUGAGUUGGGGUAUCGGAUGAUGAACAAAAUCUUCUUCUUCUUCUUCUUCUUCUUUUUUUUUUUUUUUAAAUGUUAGAGUUAAGCAUACUUGCUUUAGAGAUCAAGUAUCUUUUUUUGGCUCCACGCCGUUUUGUAGAAAAUGUUGUUUUUCUCGUUUUCGUACAUUGGAAUUGGAAUUAUAUCUGCUGCUACGACA